CGCCCCCGAGCGCAAACGGUAGCCCGGAAGGGUCAUAAGGAGACCGGCUAAUUUGCGCGUGAAUUACCUUCUUGGAAGGUCGUGAGUUCUGCGCCGCUUGCGCGCAGUCCGGCCCAGGUUCCGGCACCAGACUCUGCUCCGCGUUCUCCUCCCCGUUGUUGGCCUGCGUGCCCUUUCUCCGUCUGCGCCGGGCUGGCGGAGAGGUCAGCUUGCUUGUGGGUACCGGCGGGCAACCGCGGAGUAUGAGCCCCGGAGGUCACUUCGGCCGGACUGGGUAGUACUCCUUGUCCUGCUGAUGCCGGGGUUCUUGUUUGCAGAGUCGAAGAAUGUUCUUAGCAAACAGUCAAGCUUAAUCCCCCUGGUAAUGGCAGCCCCAUCUAUGAAAGAAAGACAGGUUUGCUGGGGAGCCCGGGAUGAAUACUGGAAGUGUUUAGAUGAGAACACAGACGAUGCUUCACAAUGUAAGAAGUUGAGAAGCUCAUUUGAAUCCAGUUGUCCCCAACAGUGGAUAAAAUAUUUUGAUAAAAGAAGAGACUACUUAAAGUUCAAAGAAAAAUUUGAAGCAGGACAGUUCCAGCCUUCAAAAACAACCACAGAAUCCUAGGCUAUUCCUGAACUUUUCAGAAAGUUGAAACUAUUCUUUCUGGACAUUCAAAAAUGUUCCAUUGACUAUGGGACAAUAGUUUGAAUUAGGGUAAAUAAGCAUCAAUACUUAUUCCAUAUAUACAACUUCUAAUAAAAUCAAACAAGAUUCCAUCAAACUAUGAAGAACUGAAAAUAGUAUGGAAUAUGCUGAGUUUUAAUUAAGAAACCUGUAUUUUAAGAAAAAAUUAAAAGCCUGUUAUUAAAAACAUAUGUACUUUUUUGGGGGAGGAUAAUAGGCAAAUAUUACAGAUACUGAGAAAAGUAGGUUGUUGUGUGUCCUGGGAGUAUUAAUACCAGCACAAAAAAUGAGGAUUGGAAGAGGAAGGUUGAACUUAAAAUAUAUGAGUAAAAUAAUAAAGUCCAUCUACAAUAGACUUUGAGCUAAUAUCAUACUUAAUGAUUAGGCAAUAAAAGCUAAAAUGUCCUUAAAAUCAAUAACAAGAUAAUGAUGUCCUUUCUCACUUCUAUU